CUCAUGUCCACACUUAUUCCAGCAUAAAGAUAUCUUUUAUAACCAUUUUUCACUUAUUUCCACUCUUACCUAAUACAAUUUUAUGUCAAGGUCAUCAGAAAAAAUUAAAAAAAUCAAGAUUCUGAUAAUGAAUAAAAUUUUAACAGCUUUUAAUUGAAAUAUCCUCCAAAAUGACUGUUUUAGAUAAACUUAAGAAGAAAUACGCUUUCCCAACAACAGUUUCCGAUUCUGAUAAUGAAUUACAAUUGGACUUAGACAACUCUACUGACGGAGAAACUUUUGUUGAAGAAUCGCCUCCUAGUACAAGUCGCUAUAUUCCUACUAGGUUCAAGCAUCGAAAAGUGGUUACGGCAGAUGAUACUCCUGCUUUUCGAAAACAUGGUGGUAAAAGACGGUUGAGGAGGUACCAAAACUGUGCACUCUUACAAACAUUAAGCGAGGAAGACUUUGAAGGUAAUAAUACAUCAGAUAUAUUCGAAUCCAAGAAAACUCCAUUAUCGAAGCUCAUAGAGGACCCAAUGGCUUUGCAAUACUGGAAUGAAUUCAUCGAUAAAUCUGAAGAAGAACAGAAACAAAUAAUUGGAAAUUUCAAAUCAGAUGUCAGGGACAUCUAUAAAACAGAAAAACCAUUCUUGAGAAUAUCCUCAAAAAUUCGACGUACUCUUAAAAUAAAGAGGAACCUUUCCGUUGAUACCGUUAAAUUAUUUGAAUUUGACAUUAUACAGUUUUUUAAGAAAUCACCCCAAGAAAAAUAUGUGAAAUAUCCAAGUACAAGUUUUGACAGAUUGCUCACUCAUGCAGUUGCUCAAUAUCAUUGUCUUUAUUCUUUCAGUGAUUGGGAAAAUGAAAGAAGGAAGGUUGAAAUUCAGAAUUUGGAAGAAAAUUGGACACCUGCAGAAUGUUUUCUCCAUGAACUAAUAUCGAAAUCUAAAAGCUAACACCUACAUUUUCUAAUGUGAUGCAAUGAAUGUAAUUAUUUCCUUGUAAAUAUUUUUAAUGUUUGAUUAUUGCACUCUUUUAUAUUAUUUGUUAACUUUUUUGUGUUGUUCAUAGUGAUAAAAAUGUAAAGAUAUUGAAAUGUUGCAAUUUAGUGCAUUAAGUAUUGAUGAUCUUAUUAGAUGUAUAUCAGAAAGAGCGGGCAUAAAACUAACAUAAUUUCUGUACAUUAUUCAGUUUUAAAGUUUAUCUACAUAUUAGGAACAUUAUGACUUGUUUUCUAAAACAUAGGCUUGCCAAAUAAACUUUUAUAAAAAUAA